AUGGCCGACGAACCCGACUUCAACGACCUCGUCCACGACGCCAUUAACGACUUCUUCAGCCAAAUCUUCGGCGUCGUCCAAGCCGGCUUCAACCGCUUCACUACAAACUUCUACAACUCCUUCGCGCAAGUCUCCACCACCCGCUGGACAAAAGUCAUCGGCUCCGUGGUCUUCUACAUCAUCAUCCGGCCCUAUAUCGAGCGGUUCUUCCGCUGGUCGAGUGACCGCGAGCGCAAGCGCCGCGAGGAAAAGGAGAAGCAGCAGGCUGAGGCGACAGGGUAUAGCGAGGGGAAGAAGGCAAAGGUUUCUGCGAAUAGUUUGCGGAGUGGGAAGCCCGUUGCUGCUGAGAAUGAGGGUGGGAGGGUGUUAGGGGAGGUGGAGAAUACGGACGACGAGGUUGAUGAUGAUGAGGAAGGGGAGGCGGUUCGGUUUGCCAAGGAGAAUGGGGUGCCGGAGUGGGGGAAGAAUGUGCGCAGGAGGCAGAAGAAGCAGCCGAGUCAUAAUCUGACCGAAGCGCAGUUGUUGGAGAUGUUGGAUUGGAGCGAGGAGGAGGGUGAGAAGAAGUAA